AUGGCACUUCUCUUUAAGGGAAUCCCUAUUCUAAUGAGGGUUUGGGGGGCAAAAUGUGUUCGCCAUAGUUUUGUACUUGGAUUUACAACUUACUUGCAGGCAGUGAGCAGGGAUCUCUCUCUCAGCAGCACCUGCCUCUUGAGUGGCUUUCAAGCCAUCACUAUAAGUCCCAACAGUCAUACAUGGUUGAAACUCAAAAUGAGAGCCUCAAAGUAUGUCAUUCCCUGCUGUCUCCUCUGCUGGAUCACCAAUCUGCUUGAAGAGAUGGUCUUGCUUAUGUAUCUAACUGAUCCAACAAACAGCUCACACUCUAACAGUGAAUGUAACAUUAGGACUACAAUUCUAUAUAGCAUGAAUCAUAAAAAUACUAUCUGGAAAUUUGUUCAUUCAUCUAUAUUUGUAUGUCUCAUGACCUUUUUCAGUGGCUACAUGGUUUUUAUCUUAUUCAGACACAACCAGAAAGUCAAACAUAUUCACAGUCGCAACUUUUCCCCAAAAAUCUCUCCUGAGAUUAAAGCCACCCAAACCAUCCUACUUCUAGUGGGUACCUUUGUUUUAUUUAAUGCAAUCAGCCCAUUUUUUAUUAUUUAUAUACUUCAUUUUCAAGGAAUAAAACUCAGGAUAUUAUAUGAUUCUACCUUUCUGUUCUUAUGGUACCCAAUGAUCAGUCCUUUUAUUUUUAUCAACACUAAUAGGCAGAUACUCAAAACCUUUCAUACCCUCUAA